AUGGAUUCUUCAGAAAGAGACUGGUCAUGGCUUCUUGAAGAAAUCUUGAAUUCCAUUCUUGACAACUUGGUCUCAGUCUUCGAUCAUGCCAGAUUCAGUCUGGUUUGCAAGCAUUGGUCGUCCGUCGCAAAGCAGUACCGAAGACGUCAGUUCAUGAAAUUAUUGAACAGACAACUUCCAUUGUUGUUAAUCCCUUCUAAACACAAUCAGAGAUACGAACGAAACUUAUACAGCGUCACAGAUGAUAAAAUUUAUGAUUUGCACCUGCCAUUGAAGGAUAAUAGUCGAAGGUAUUGUGGUUCUUCCCAUGGUUGGUUGGCUACUGUCGAUAAAAACAUGAUCAUCACUCUCAGAAAUCCCUUCUUGAAUCAGACAAGACUUCUUCCACCAAUCAUGGAGUCAUGGAAAACCAGUUACAUGCAUGAAUUUGAUGUCUCCAGAGUAGUAUUAUACAACAAUCCUUCUCUGAGUACUUCCGACAAUAUCAAUUACAACGUCGUCGCGAUAUCCGGUGUGAACAGGACAUUGGAGAUCCUCAAAUCAGGGAGUGAAACCUGGACUUACGUAGACAAAACAUUAGAUUUCUUUCAAGACAUUGUUUAUUACAAUGACAUGCUGCUGGCAGUAGAUUUAUUUGGAAGACUUGUAUGUAUUGAUGCUGAGAAUAGUAACUGUUUGGUGAUUGUAGCCAGAGAGGAGACCAUGAUAACUCAUCUGUCUCGUUGCCUUGGAUCAUCAGUAUACCUUGUGAAAUCAUCAGAAGGAAAGUUGAUGAUGAUUCGAAGAAUCAUGAAGGAAGUUGGUGCUUAUAAGUAUAUAACUCAAAGAUUUAGGGUUUAUCAGCUUUUACAGUCGAGUAAAUAUGGCAAGGGAGAGUGGGUUGAGAUGAAGAGUAUGGGGGACGAUGCAGUAUUUGUGGGUGACAAUGAAACAGUAUGUGUUCCGGCAGCUGAUUUUCCUGGUUGUAAGCCAAACUCUAUUUACUUCAUUGGUAAUAAUGUCAAAUAUUGUGGUAGAAUGUAUUAUUUUCAGCCUUAUGAAGUGGGUAGCUUUAAUUUGGAGGAUGGAAGCAUUUCAAGACAUUAUUUGUAUGAUCAAUGCACGAAGCCCUUGCCACCUUCAAUUUGGAUUGUACCAACAUUGAGAGGAGAUCAAUUAUAG